UUAAAAACGAACGGAUACGUGAGUUUGUGUGCAGCCAUCAUCACCAGAGUGAAAUAUGCGAGGGGAAUAGGAAAAAAAAUGGAGACGGAUGGAGAAUAGUGUCGACGUGGACUUUAUCAAGAUUUAAUGCAUUUUCGAUAAAUCGCGGAUUUUACACAAGGAUCGAAUGCAUUUGAGAGACACUUGAAGGAAACCGGCAAAAUCCAACGAUAUCACGAAUACCGGUGUCGAAAUAUCCGCAUGAACCUCACCAACCGGAAGAUGAGAAUUCAAUGAACCGUGGGGAUGAUGUUACCGAUCACGGGGGGGUAGAAUGAUCGAAAAUGAUCAAGAAAGACAAUCGCCAUUGCACAAGAACUAUUACGACGUUCGAUUAAUGAACGCGUAAGGGUAGAAGGGGCGGAACUUGGGGUGGAGGUGAUAAAAAUAAAAAGUGCAGAAUCAUUAUCGAAUGCCCGUAAACUCGUCCUAAUGUGCCGUUCAACCCAGUGAUGAUGUUGGUGGAUGAGUGCGGGGGUGGGAGUGUGGGAUGGGGUGGACCACACGGGAUGAGGGGUGGCUGGUCUACACCUGGUGGUUGCAGAAACUCGGCGAUGAGCUUCACCGGCAGUGUACCCUCACUCCAUCCAGCAGGAUCGAUCAGGUCCCUUCGAUCCCAGCACUCUCAGGUUCCAGAAACACCACGACGAUGCCACCACUGCCACCCGGUGCACGUGGCUACACCAAAUAAUUACGUACCUCAUACACCAGUGCAGUAUUACACACCGAGUCACUGUAUGGACGGUCAUAACGGCACGUACACGCCGCACCGGGGUAACUCCUACCACGGGGAUCCUCGUGUGCGCUGCAUGGACAUGGACGAGAGCAUGGCCGGGAACACAAAUUGGGUUCUCGGCGACCUGCGCAGCCUUCACCGAUGUGUACCAGCACUCCGACGAACAGGACUGGAUGUAACAACGAUGAGAGCACAUUUUUAUCCGGAGGGUGGCUGGGGAUGGCUCGUAUGUGCCGCUGGUUUUUUAGCUCUCCUACUGACCACUGGAAUGCAACUGGCAUUUGGUCUUCUGCAUCUGUACGCCAUUCGACAUCUGGGAGAGGCAAACCUGAUGAAUAUCGCCUGGGCCGGAGCUUUGAGUGCUGCCGUAUCCCGGGGCUCAGCACCUCUGGUUGUGGGUGCAUGUCGUCGAGGGAGUACGAGACUCACUGCUGUAAUUGGAGGUUUCAUUUUUGCCCUGGCCUCCCUCUUCACUUCUUUUGCUCUUCACAUGCAUCAAGUAGUAAUAAGCUAUGGUCUGGUGCUGGGAGCUGGUGCUGGACUUGUUCGGGAAACUGCUGGCUUGAUUCUCGGUCAUUACUUUAAAAAACGACGGGAAUUCGUGGAGAUGGUGGUGCAAGCUGGCACUGGUGUCGGUAUAGCCCUCUUCAGCGUAUUCUACAAGGAAGCCGUUGGAGGUCUUGGGUGGAGGCUGGGAUUUCAGUCAGUGACUGGUGCCCUGUCGUUGACAUUUUUCCUAGGAUUAAUCUACAGGAGUGCGUCGCUGUAUCAUCCCCAACGAAGAGCAAUUGUUCACUUGAAAAAUCAACGGACAAAAAUAAAGGAGAAAAAAAAUAGCGCUAAUAAAAUGCCACGACAGCCAUUUGUGGACUUGAGCCCCUUAGGGAGUCGACCUGUGCGAAUGCUGAUGCUUGCUGCAGGCUCUGCAGCAUUUGGACUCUACACUCCAGCUUUCUACAUCGUGCUCCAGGGAUUCCAGAGUGGUUUGGAGAUCAGCUCUCUGGUGCUGCUCCAGUCGUGUCUGGGUUUGGCAGCUGCUCUGGGAUGUGCAGCAUGGGGUUGUGUCACUGCUAGACCAUCAGCCCAGUGUCUGGUGUCAAGGCAGUACCUCUGCCAGGGUGCACUAGUUGGAGUUGCUCUUGCACAAAUAGCACUUGGUAGUGUGGAGGGCCAUCAUGGGCUGGUAUUAGCUUCUGGAUUAUACGGUGCCUCACUCGGUGGUGCCCUAUACUCCCUCAAGAUGUUAGCACUGGAGAGAUUGCGUGCAAGACACUUUGCAAGAUCUUGGGCACUUGUUCAAGCUGCCGAAGCCCUACCAAUCCUUCUUGGAGUUCCUCUCACUGGUUACAUGAAUGCAAGUAUUCCACGUGUUGGUUACUACGCGUGCACAUUGAGUUCCUUAUGCGGUGCUGGUCUACUAUUUCUGGUUGGCUGGGGUAGACAGCCGUCUUCACCAGUUCUCCAUGCAUCCCAAUUGUCCCACGUUAGCCAACAACUGCCACCUCCAUGCGCCUGUCCACCACCACCUAGACAGCGUUUGCCAAAGUCACAGUCACUCCACGUGCCCUUAGAUAUUGAACAGGAGAUGAGAGAUCAGCCCCAGACACCGCUUCAUCAUCAGUAUCACGAUAUGCAAGAGCACAAUUGCAUACAUGGAGAGCAUCACUACUGCCAAUCAAUUCCUUAUCAUCAUCAUCAUCAUCAUCAUGCCCUGAGGCCGAGCAAGAGUGUACCUGAAGGACUUCAUGGUAAUCAUGAUACUUAUCGACCCAGACCUAGACGUUAUCGUGAUGUCACUGUUAUCGAGCAAAUCACCACCAGUGUAUGAAUAUUAUUACCAUUUUUCACUCUCCGAGAUCGUGGUUCUGAGAAUAAAGUGGAUUUUAUCCCUCCUUUACCCCCUUUUUUAAUCAUAUAUUUAUUUAUUUAUUUAUUUAUCUAUCAAGGACACAUCCAGCAUUUAGCACCAUUUUUUUAAACUCCAGUGUCGGCAUUUUUAUUGGUUAAUAAUUAAUAAUUAAUGGACAAUCAAUCAUUGCUGGUGGGAAAAUAUAAGAAUAAUAAUGAUGGAACAUUUUCUCUUUACCAUCCUGACCAUUUCUAUGGUUGCGGGGAAUAAGCGAAUUUAAAAUGUGAAACCAGGGAUUAUUCCCUUGUUUAUAUUUAAUGAGGAUUUUUUUUUUAUCUCGUUUUGUACUGAGAACGGACAACACACCGGGCCAAAGAUACAAAAUAACCACAGAAACGAUACUGCAUUUACCACAAAACAGAGUGAACAUUUCUGUUUAUCCAGGGAUGGUGGCCUUUCUGCUUAUGAUUUUUUUUUCAUUGAAUUUUAAUAUCCGCGUAACGAAGAGAUGUGCUUGCAGUUUGAAUCCACUGAGAAAACAAUGAAUUUUUAAAAUCAAAUGUUCGCUGACUUGAGUAAAAUGCUAUUACUCCAGUCGAGUGACUUUCAGGGGAUCUUAAUUAGGUAUUAAUUAUAACAAUCACCAGGAGGGGUGGGUCAUGUUAUUUCUCAUUAUCUUCUAGAGCAAUUCAAUUAUUACGAUUGAAAACUCGACUGGAAUUUAUUACUUAUAUUUAUUAGGGAAUGACUACAUGAUUCUCGCGGGUAAAGUACAUUUUUUUCUCAGUGUCCGAAUGCCUCUGGUUGUACAUUACGAGAAAUUAAAAUUAUAUCGGAGAAUGUGUUCGCUGGCUGGGCACUUGAACCCUUCGAAUUCAACUCAAACCAAAAAAUUAAUAUUUAUGAAUAGAUGAUACGUUAAUUCCUCGAUUAUACUGGUUACCGAAUUUUGUAAAGAUCGAGUGGAGGUGCAGUAGAUUGCGUGAUUAAAUCCAAUUUAUAGACAUUGAACACUGAUAUAUACUAUAUUAAAUAUUUAUUAAUGCAAUGCGUUAAUAGUUGAUAAUGAAAAUUUAUCGAAUCGA